UUUUGUUAGUGUUUUGCUCCGGGUCCAAGCUGUCAGCCCGGACCUUUCAAUCGCUCCUAUGGUUGCCGGAGGAUUUGUCGGAGGUGUGGCACUGACUUCCUGUCCGAGCGGAGCCUCCAACAUGGCAAGCGGGGAGGGUGCGGAGCAGCGGCGGGGCGGGGGUGACAAGUACUCGGUGCUGCUGCCCACCUACAACGAGAGGGACAACCUGCCGCUCAUCGUCUGGCUGUUGGUCCGAUACUUCGAUGAAAGUGGAUUUGAUUAUGAAAUUAUAGUGAUUGAUGACGGAAGUCCUGAUGGGACACUUGAGGUUGCCAAACAGUUGGAAAUGAUUUAUGGAUCUGAUAAAAUUCUGCUGAGACCUCGAGCAAAGAAGCUGGGAUUAGGAACAGCAUAUAUCCAUGGAAUACAACAUGCCACCGGAAACUUUGUUUUUAUAAUGGAUGCUGAUCUUUCACAUCAUCCAAAAUUUAUCCCUGACUUUAUAAAAAAACAAAAGGAAGGAAAUUAUGAUGUAGUGUCUGGCACCCGCUAUAAAGGGAAUGGAGGAGUAUUUGGCUGGGAUUUGAGAAGAAAACUCAUCAGUCGAGGAGCAAAUUUUGUCACACAGGUAUUAUUGAGACCAGGUGCUUCAGACUUGACAGGUAGCUUCAGAUUAUACAAAAAAGAAGUACUGCAGAAACUGGUUGAAAAGUGUGUAUCAAAAGGAUAUGUCUUUCAAAUGGAGAUGAUCGUAAGGGCUCGCCAGCUGGAUUACAGUAUUGGGGAGGUUCCUAUAACAUUUGUGGAUCGUGUGUACGGUGAAUCUAAACUAGGAGGAAAUGAAAUUGUGUCAUUUUUGAAAGGACUGCUGCAUCUGUUUGCCACUACAUGAUCAAAACUAAUGUUUAGUACUGAAAUGUUCUUUAGCCAGAUUUGUAUUUCGUUACUCCACAAUAUCCUUGUAAAGUCUAAUUUUAUACUUGUACAAAUCUGUAGCACACUCAGUAAAUGAAUAGUUGUAAAAUAUAACUUGAAAUAAAAUCAA